UUGCAUUGUUACUGUGGUUACUCAGGACUCAACAUCGGUGCGUUGCGUUCUCCGUGCGGACUUUCGCCAAAUUUGCCUUAAAACAGUGAAAAAGUUGUUCACCUGUACUCAAUUGUUCCUGGAUUAUACGCAACGUGUUUCCUCACCCCUGUGAUAAUUUACCCCCGUGAUAUUGCCGCCCUACUCGCGAGAUUCAACGCGUCUCGUCGAAUUUACCUAAAGUGUCUACUUACCGUGUUUUUCGUGCGACUUCACCCACUAAUAAAAUACUGAUUUACGCGUUGACAGCUCGAAAUUCUCAAAACAACAUUUUGUGAUACUCAUUUUUGAAGUGCUCUUUUUAUGUGAUACCCCUGCCGUUGCAGACAGGUUGUUGGUUCGUUGGUUUUGUUUUGUUUUUGUGUUUACAUGGCCUUUACAUGAAUAAUUUAUUUUCUCGGUGGUUCGCAGUUACUUUUCGGGGAGGCUCUUUGAUCAUGGUGAAGACCUGUUGUUUUUAGGUUUCCGUUCGGUCGCCUUGAGCUCAUCGAUCGGGGCCUCGAAGGCUCGAAGGAUUUGUUGUUCGUGAUGUGGUGAUAGUGGGAUUGAUGACGCACGUGGUUGAUAACCAUAACCGCUUUUCGGGGAUGAUGCAUAGAGACAAAAUGAAGCCAAAAUACGAGCUGGAGGAUUACAUUUACGAUGUCGAGUCCCGGAGUCUCGAACCCAGCGUCGACCCCGAGGACGUUUACGCUCAACUUCAGCAAAAAGAGAAGGAUCUCAUCUUGGCGGCAGAGCUCGGGAAAGCUCUGCUCGAAAAGAACGAGGAAUUAAGUCGCUACAAUGAACGGCUAGCCGAGGAAUACUCCCAAAAAUUAGAGGAAAUAGAACAAGAUAGACAUCUCCUUAGGCGGAAGCUUCUAUCAACUCAGUCAGAAUGUGAUACUCGUCUAUUAGAAUUACAAGCGGAUAUCAGGGAACUUCAAAAUGCUCUGGACGAGAGAGAAAAUUCUCUCAAGCAGACGGAGAAAGAGAAGGCGCUUCUCAUAUCUGAGCUCACGGAACAAAACCAAAGAUUGCAAAUUCAAAUUAAAGAGUCAAGCAAACAAGAAGAACUUCUAACGUUACAAUUACAAGGUUUACGAGAUCAAUGUAACCUUAGGAAGUCGAGUUUGCAAGAUCACCAAAGUUCCCUCGAAGUACUUAGAGAUGAGAUUCAAAUGAUGUCGGAGAGAAAAAGUGAAUUAGAAAAAAGACUUCAUACUUUACAAUGUGACAGAGAUAGUAUCAGUGUAGCCUUAGAAGAAGCUAGUGAAAGGAUAAUGAUGUUAGAGAAACAAACUAGGGAACAAGAAAUUCAGUUACGAGUAUCGCAUAGAGAAUUAGAAGAUUUAAGAGCAACAAAUGGUAAUUUAGGAACACGUUUGGAGUCAAUAGGAAUGAUAGGACAAGGACAUCGAUCGUUACUCAGUGAGAUGGAAUGUGAAGAAGGUGUUGGAACAACCACUGCCACACUUACAAAUUCUUCUCCAGGAGAUGAACUAACACAGUUAAAACAAGAAAUAGUAUCUGUUUACGAAAGAGUCAAGACCUUAUGUCACCAACUGAGGAGUCGCAGUAGAGACGCAAUGGAUGCGUCGAUCAACCAUGAUCAAGUCAAUGUGCAACAAAUCAAAGUUGGCGUCUUAACCUGUGUGAUCUCUGAAUUGUGUGAACUGGUGACUGAGCUCUCGAGUAGUGAUUACUCUAGUAGUAAUGUAAGCGUAACCGAGCUAGAAAUUGAUCUCCACCGGGCACGAGAGACUGUCGAUAGGCUCAGCAAGCAGCACGAGGAACAGAAAGACGAACUCAAGAAGAGACAAGAAACCAUCAUGGAACUCACCAGCAAGCUGAGUGUGAGGGAGGCAGAGCUGGCCGGAGCAAAGGAAGAACGGGAUCGCGCACGAGCCGACCUGAAGGACUUGAACGGACUGGCGCGCGACGAGAUGGUGCGCAAGGCGUGGGAGGUGCGCGACGGCGCAGUCGCCAGGAAGAACGCCACGCAGGUCGAGCUCGCCCGCACUAGGAUAGAUGUCCUCCAGGCCAACAGUCAACUCAUGGAGGCCAUCCAGCAAAAAGUAGAACUAAGUCAACAAUUAGAGCAAUGGCAGAUGGAUAUGCAAGCACUAUUAGACGAACAAAUGCGACGAAAAUUAACGAACCAAGAGCAACCCGGUAGCAAAACUGAUAGUGCAAGAUCUGCAGACCAAAAAAGAGCGUCUAGAAGACUAUUUGGAUUGUUCCAGAGGUGACCAAAAUACCACCCGCAUCCGUCCGUGUCCUCCAGUCAACUAAUCAAAACUAAUUUAUACUCACAGUGAUUUAUUUCUUCAACCUAACUAUUUUUAUUUAGGGUAACUCACUGUAAAAUGUUUUUUUUCUUCUUUUUUUUCUAUUACCUGCCGUAACACAUGUACAAAAUACAUUUUAUUUUCAAUUAAAACCUUA